GGAGGACGGCCGCAGGAGGGGCCGCCAGGAGAGGGGCGAGGGCGGCGGCCGCGGGCGCAGGCGUGAUGGGGAGGAGGCUGGCGGCGGUGGCCGAGACGGCAAGAGCCAGGAGCGCGGGAUGGCAGCCGUGCUGCAGGACUUCGCGAACGAGGGCGCGAAGCGGCGGGGCUCGCCUCGUGGCCGCAGGGCGCCGUGGGACGAGGGCCGGACGGAGGGUGGGCGCCGCUGGGCAAACGAGGGGCCUGCGGCGGAGCAGGAUGGCCGCCGGGGCGCCGGAGGGGACGGCGCCCGGGGUGCCCAGCGCAGCAGCGACGACGCGCCGUGGCGCCGUGAGCCUCCGAGCGGCCCGCGCGGGACGGGCGGCGCCCGCGGCAAGGGCAGGGACGGCGACCCGGGCCUCUGCCGCCACGGUCUGCGAGACUGCCGAGUCUGCUGGUGCGCGCACCGCAAAUGGGAGCGCACCGCUGGCGACGAGUACUACGAGGGCGACGGCGAAAAGGAGGGGGCGGCCGCUGGCGCCGCCUGCGGCUCGGGGGCGCCCGCCCUGCAGACGGCGCGGCCGGAGGGUGGCGGCGCUGCCUCGCAGGGCGACGCGCGGGUGUACUUCGGCGAAGGCCCGGGCCCAGCCAGGGCGCUGCCAGCGGGUGCCGCCGAGGUGGCUGUCGCGGCGCCCCGGGCGCCGCUGCGACCGCCGCCGGCACCCAGCAGCAAGGGCGGUGCCUGCAGGGGCAAGAAGGGCGGCGGCGUGCCCGGCGGGCAGCCUGCGGGCAUCCUGUGCGGCGAGCGCGGACGGCGGCGGCUGCAGGUCAGCUGGGUGCGACCCGACGAGGGGCCCGGCGACGACGCCGGGCCUGCGGCCACCUCGGCCCCGGGCGCGCCGGGCGCGCCGCGCACCGUCGACGCGU